GAAAUGGCAGCAGCCAGGGUUAGCCUGGGCCGGAUCCUCCCGGAGUCUUCCAUCCUGUUCCUAUGCGACAUGCAGGAGAAGUUCCGCCCCAGCAUCGCCUAUUUCCCACAGAUCGUAUCAGUGGCCGCUCGGAUGCUUAAGGUGGCCCGGCUGCUGGAUGUCCCUGUCUUGCUGACUGAGCAGUACCCACAAGGCCUGGGCCCCACAGUUCCCGAGCUGGGCGCUCAGGGCAUCCGGCCAGUGAGUAAGACGUGCUUCAGCAUGGUGCCCACCUUGCAGAAGGAGCUGGAUGGCCGGCCCAAGCUGAUCCAGAAUAUCAUUAAGGAGCCAGUCCCGGACAGCGGGCUGCUGGGCCUCUUCCAAGGUCAGAACCCCCUCUUGCUGAACUCCAGACCCUGACUUGAGAUGGAAGCAUCGUCUUCCCUCAUCUCUGAAUCCCAGGAGUCCACCCGGAGGCCUGCCCUGUGAGAGGGGAGGGGUGGUUAUGCCUCCUGCUUGAACAACUGGACUUGGAAAAGCAAACAAGACUCCUGAGGGCUGGAAGGGGUGACGGAGAGGGGUCAGACUGAGGAGGACUCUGCUCGGGUCCAUCUCAUGAGGUGGAAAAACCAAAGGACAAAUGAGUGUCACAGACUGGGACCCCAGACUCCAAAUAAACAUUGGUGUGGCUGUGCAACAAACCGUUAUUGGACUUUGUGGGGGUGUUGCAGGGGGAGAAGAAAAUGGGGUGAGGUGAGGAGAAUGGGGGUGCUUCUCCCAAGCCCCAAGCUGGGGCUAGACACAGGCCACACCUACAGUGUGCAGCGUGUGGAUCUUGAAGAGUUUUUUCUGGCUGUCCCCAUCUCCGACGGUACUUCCGCCCGGCCCUGCUGGAUCGACUCCACGGCACAGUAACUCUUGCAUUCUGCAGGCCUUUGGAUCCAAGUUCUGCUACCCUGAAAUAGAGCUGGGCCCCUGUUACCCACAGCUGCAGUGGCCUCUGACGGCCCACAUGACUAAACCUGGGAGAACGUUUCCCUAAACAACUCUUUUUUUCCAGAAGAGAGCGAAGUCAGCUUCAUAGCAUCAUGCAGGGUGCCAGAGAAGAGCCUGGAAGAGCAGGCAGGGUGUGGCAGGGACAUAUGGCCUUCUCCAAGCUCUUGAUCGGGCACCCCGGGGAAGCUAUGGAGGGGAAGCCUGGUUUGUGGUGGAGACACCAGGGUGCUGAAGAUGUCCUUGAAAGGACAGAAGCGCUGUUUUCUCAGAGGAAAGCCAUUCACAAAAGUUUGCCUUUGUAUAGCCUGGUACCACCCUCAGCAGGUAAAACCAGGGUUACAGGAACACCAGCUCUGUGAUACUGGCCUAGUCCUUCUGGUUACUGAGAUGGUCACUAAGCGAUUAACGGGGGAGUAGCGUAUACAGCAUGGAUACACUAGACCAAGAAUUUGCUUCGAAACAGUGAAGAGUGGACAGCAUAAGAGUUCAUCACACUAUUUAGAAUGGCACGCAGAUGAAAAAGAAUGGUUUAUUUCUGGA